GUGCAGGGAACGCGUUCUCGAAGAGGCCUUCGGGUCUUUCGCCUGCUGUGCCUACGGACGUUUUCCUACCGCAGCGGAGCCAGUUUCUCUUCGCUCCCUUUGACUAUUCCACAGGACUUGUUUGGAGAAAGUAUCAUGGAAGUUCUGCGUCCACAGCUUAUAAGAAUUGGUGGACGGGCUUACAGGAAGAAUCCCAUCCAAGAGCAGACUUACCAACAUGAAGAUGAAGAUGAUGACUGUUAUCAAGGUCUCGUGGAAUGUGCAGAAGAGUCCUGUGAAGCCUAUGAGGUGGUGCAGACCCCGCAAGGUUUCCGGUGUACUGUGAAGGCCCCCAGCCUGCUCUACAAGCAUAUAGUUGGAAAGAGGGGCGACACUAGGAAGAAACUUGAAAUGGAGACCAAAACUUCCAUAAGCAUUCCUAAGCCUGGACAAGAAGGAGAAAUUGUAAUCACUGGCCAGAAUCGAAGUGGUGUAAUUUCAGCCCGAACUCGGAUUGAUGUUCUUUUGCUCACUUUUAGAAGAAAACAGCCCUUCACUCACUUCCUUGCCUUUUUCCUCAAUGAAGCUGAGGUUCAGGAGCGAUUUCUGAAGUUCCAGGAGGAAGUACUGGAGAAGUGCUCCAUGGAUCACGGGGUUGAUAGCACCAUUUUCCAGAAUCCUAAAAAGCUUCACCUAACUAUUGGGAUGUUGGUGCUUUUGAGUGAGCAAGAGAUCCAGCAGACGUGUGAGAUGCUACAGCAGUGUAAAGAGGAAUUCAUUGAUGACAUUUCUGGGGGCAAACCCCUGGAAGUAGAGAUGGCAGGGAUAGAAUACAUGAAUGAUGAUCCUGGCAUGGUGGAUGUUCUUUACGCCAAAGUCCGUAUGAAAGAUGGCUCCAACAGGCUGCAGGAAUUAGUUGAUCGAGUACUGGAACGUUUUCAGGCAUCUGGACUAAUAGUGAAAGAGUGGAAUAGUGUGAAACUCCAUGCUACAGUCAUGAAUACUCUAUUCAGGAAAGACCCCAAUGCUGAAGGCAGGUACAACCUCUACACAACGGAUGGCAAAUAUAUCUUCAAGGAAAGAGAAUCAUUUGAUGGCCGAAACAUUUUGAAGCUAUUUGAGAACUUCUCCUUUGGUACCCUAAAGCUCAAUUCAAUUCACAUCUCUCAGAGAUUCACAGUAGACAGCUUUGGAAACUAUGCCUCCUGUGGACAAAUUGACUUCUCCUGAGGUGGAUCUUGGGAAACACUGGAAAUUAAACAUCCUCACAAGUUGGUUGACUCCACGGAUGUGGAACCCAUGGAUAUGGAGGACCGACUGAACCACAUUUUGUUCAUCCAGUCUUCCAUCGAUGGACACUUGGGUUCCUUCCACUUCUUGGCUGUUCUGAAUAAUGCCCUAUGAACAUGGGUGUACAAAUAUCUGAGACCCUGCUUUCAAUUCCUUUACUACUUAGAAUUUAAACUUUAGCAAAAUAACUGGUAAAGUUUUUACCUUUUACUUUGAUCUCUCCUUUUUCUUCUGAAGUUGGUACCUUUUACAUUUCUUACAUUCCUGUUCCUUCACCCUACCCUAACCCUCGCCUUCCCAUGCCACUGAUGGAGCUGCAGUAUUGUAGCUCUUUUCUGUGUACUUCUCAGGGCAGCAGCAGUCAAAACAAUGGUGAUGCCAGCAGGACUAUGCAGAGUUCCCUGGGAGAGUGUCAGCCACAGAAGGCACUCACUCCUUCCUUGCUGCAGACCAGCAAAGGGAGGGAGCUCCCAGCACAGUCCUGCCACACUCUCUGCUGGGGAGCUCCAGCCUCACUGUUACCUCUCAUAUCUACCCCCUCACAGCCUUUCUCCCU